AUGGAGGUCUACCACUUCACUUUUCUCUGCGGGGCUCUCGUCUUCGUUUGGGAAGUCCCCUGUUGCCAGACUCACGCCAUUCUCCCCCCGUCUGCCCCCAAGAGCGGCAUGGUGGCAAAAAUAUUUGAUGGACAAGCGGCGUCCAAAUACUUCAAGGAGUUUCGAGCGCCUGCGCCUCUGGACAGAAGCAAUAAAGCAAUGACUAAAGACCAAAUAGAGCCUCAUGAUUAUAUGUUGUCUAUUUACAAAACGUUCUCCACUGCAGAGAAACUGGGACUAAACGCCAGCUUCUUCCGGUCUUCAAAAGCUGCAAACACUAUUGCAAGUUUUGUGGACAAUGGGCAAGAUGACCUCCCACUCUCGCCUCUGAGGAGACAGCAGUAUCUGUUCGACGUCUCAACCCUCUCUGAAAAAGCGGAGGUGCUGGGAGCCGAGCUCAGGAUUUACACCAAAGUGUCUGGGAAUUUCAGGAUUUCGGAAACGGAGCCGAUCGACAUCCAGCUCCUCUCCUGCCACGACCAGCAGCUGCUGGACUCCAGAACUCUGGACCUGCAGGAUUCCCACAGGCCGAAGUGGGAGGUGUUGGACGUGUGGGAAAUAUUCAGAGAGCGGCGGCACCUGAGCAAGGGGACGCUCUUCUGCCUGGAGCUCAGGGCCACGCUGGACAACCCCGAGAGGGAGGUGGACAUGCACCUGCUGGGGCUGCACCGGCACGGGAGGCCUCAGCAGAAGAAGGCCAUCUUAGUGGUCUUCACCAGGUCCAAAAAGAGGCAGACGCUCUUCAGUGAGAGGAGAGAGGGGAGAGCACUGCUGGGUCUGGAGAGGAGGACCAAAGAGAGGAGCCCCGGGAGGAGACGCAGGACGGCGGCUGCCAGAACCCGGCACGGCAAGAGGCACGGCAAGAAGUCCAAGUCCAGGUGCAGCAAGAAGCCGCUGCACGUGAACUUCAGAGACCUGGGCUGGGACGACUGGAUCAUCGCCCCGCUCGAUUACGAGGCGUACCACUGUGAGGGGGUGUGCGACUUUCCACUGCGCUCCCACCUGGAGCCCACCAACCACGCCAUCAUCCAGACGCUGAUGAAUUCCAUGAACCCCAGCAACAUGCCGCCCAGCUGCUGCGCCCCGUCCAAACUCAGCCCCAUCAGCAUCCUCUACAUCGACUCAGGGAACAAUGUGGUCUACAAGCAGUACGAGGACAUGGUGGUGGAGUCCUGUGGCUGCAGGUAG